CGUGCUGGUUGGUGGAUGUGCGUGUGUCUCCUCCAGCGCGCUCACAGUCACAACGCACUAAAUGUGCAUGUGCAUGUGCGUGCGUGCGUCUCCUCCAGCGCGCUCCGGCUGCAGUUACCGCGCGCCACCGCCAGAGCGCACCUGAAGCCUCCAGCAGCAGCAGCAGCAGCAGAUGCCCUCACAGUCACAGUCCCAUCAUCAUCAGAGCCGAAUGCGUCAAGCCCACGGUACCCAGCUACCAGCUAUAGGGGCAUCAUCAGCAUCUUCUCACUGGGGCCUAGAAUAGAGCACCAGGAUCCAGAGGACAGAGGACGCAUCUUGCAGAAGACAAAAGGUCAUUCAGUUUUAUCCAAAGCCAUGGGGUUCGCACGCCUUGCUGUGAUGCUUUCUAUCACCAUGAUCCACCUGGUUUCAGGUAUGAGCUUCAUGACUCCUGAGCCUGAUACGCCACCAACAUCAACCCCAGAGUCCUACCCCCUGGGUGACCUGAUCCACGCUGCCCUGCAGAGUAAGGAAUACUUAGCAGAGGCUUCUGCGAGCACAGGUACGACCACCAACCCGACGCAGGCCGUUCCUGGACUCGGGCAGACCGAGUCGACGGCGACGGUCAUAUCACCGGGGCUGCUCACCACGGCUUUAAGCUCCUCUUCCGCUGCCGGCCACCAGACGGGAUCGAGGAACACCAUGUCCUCGCUGCCCGUAGAGGAGGAGACGACCACCACUCUGAUCACCACCACCACCAUAACCACCAUGCACAUGCCAGUACAGUGCAAUGCGACUUUGUCAGCAAUGGAGGAUGUUGUCGAGUCACCAGAUCCGGCAUCGUCGUCCUCGUCUUUUUCCCCUCUGGAGUGCACCUACAGCAUCACUGUGUACGCAGGUUACGGUGUGGAAAUUCAGGUGAGGAAGGUCAAUCUUUCUAAGAAAGAGUCUCUGACGAUCAUGGGCUAUGGAGGUUUGGGACCAGAGCUCUUAGCCAACGAGACCCUGAUGAGAGAAGGUCAGGUGAUCCGCAGUACAACCAAUCAGGUGUACAUUCACUAUCGCAGCCUCCGACAGACCAACCACGGCGUGUUCAGCCUCCACUAUCAAGCCUUCCUGCUGUCCUGCCCGUUCCCUCAGUCUCCGGAGGGCGGCGGAGUGACCGUGACCGACAUCCAUCCCGGAGGUCAGGCCCAUUUCCACUGUGAUCCGGGUUUCCAGGUCCGCGGCCACGAGGUGGCAACUUGUGUCAACACGACGCAACCGCACUGGAGCACCGCUGAGCCGCAGUGUGUCGCGGUGUCUUGUGGAGGGUGGAUCCGUAAUGCAACCGUGGGACGGAUACUGUCUCCACCUCCUCCGACUAUCAGCAACCACAGUAAUGGAAACAACCUGAGCUGCCACUGGCUGAUAGAAGCCAAAGAGGGACACAGACUGCACCUCCACUUCGAGAGGAUCGCACUGGAUGAAGACGACGAUAAGUUAAUCGUGCGCAGUGGAAACAACUCCCUGUCUGCGCCGCUCUUUGACUCGGACCUGGACGACGUCCCCGAGCGCGGGUUGCUGAGCGAGAGCGCCACGCUGUACCUGGAGCUCACCGCCGACUCGUCCUCCAUCCCCCUGCUGCUGGCGCUGCGAUACGAGGCGUUCGAUGACGAACACUGCUGGGAGCCCUACAUGCCUCACGGAAACUUCAGCAGCAGCGACAUCACCUUCCAGCUGGGCACCACCGUGACCUUCACCUGCUCCCCGGGCUUCGUCAUGGAGCAGGGAUCAGGGACCAUCGAGUGUGUCGACCCCAGCAACCCCCACUGGAAUGACAGCGAGCCCGUGUGCAGAGCUCUGUGCGGAGGCGAGCUGACCGAGCCGUCGGGUACCAUCCUGUCUCCUGAUUGGCCCCAGAGCUACUCCAAGGGGCUGGACUGUGUGUGGCAGAUCCACGGCAACGAGGAGAAACGCGUCGAACUGGACGUCCAGAUUCUAAACAUCCGCCACACUGACGUGCUGACCGUUUUUGACGGACGUGACCUCAUGUCCCACGUGAUGGGACAAUACCUGGGGUCCAAAGAGCGUUUCCAGGUCGUGUCUGGGGGGUCAGAGGUCACCAUUCAGUUUCAGAGCGAUCCGGAUGAUUCCACUUUCAUCCUGAGUCAGGGAUUCCUCAUCCAUUAUCGUGAGGUUGAGCCCAACGACACCUGUCCUACUCUCCCUCAAAUCGACUUUGGCUGGAUCAGCAUGUCCCACUCGUCCCCCGUGAGAGGCAGCGUGCUGACCUAUCAGUGUCAACCGGGGUAUGACAUCAGCGGCUCUGACAUCAUCACCUGCCAGUGGGAUCUCUCCUGGAGCAGCAGUCCGCCUACAUGUGUCAAAGUCCAGCAGUGUCCUGACCCAGGAGAGGUGGUGAACGGAGCGCGCUCCGUGCGCCCUGAAGCAGGUUUUGCGGUCGGGACGGUCGUCCGUUUCUCUUGUAACCAGGGUUACCAGCUGGAAGGUCCCAGCCAGAUCUCCUGCCAUGGACGAGACACCGGCACCCCCAAAUGGAGCGACCGCAGCCCGAAGUGUGUCUUGAAAUAUGACCCAUGCCCAAACCCUGGCGUCCCCGACAACGGCUACCAAACCCUGUACAAGCACAGCUACCAGGCCGGAGAAACCCUGCGCUUCUUCUGCUACGAGGGCUACGAGCUCAUCGGCGAGGUCAUCAUCAGCUGCGUUCCCGGCCACCCCUCUCAGUGGAACAGCCCGCCGCCCUUCUGCAAAGUGGCAUAUGAGGAGCUUCUGGAUGAUCACAAGUUAGAAGUGUCCCAGUCCUUCGAGCCGUCCCAUCAGAUCCUGAGUGAGAACAUUGCUUUGGCAAUAAUUCUGCCAAUCAUCCUGGUCAUCCUGCUGAUUGGAGGAAUUUACAUGUAUUAUACAAACAUUUGCAGACUAGAAUGGAAGCCGCUCUUCUGGAAGUCUCUCUCCCACACACACUCCUACAGUCCCAUCACGGUCGAGUCCGACUUCAACAACCCUCUUUACGAGGCCGGGGAUACGCGGGAGUACGAGGUGUCCAUUUAAAGGAGAAAAUACGAGGUGUCCAUUUAAGGGAGUAAAACGUCUGGGUGAGAAUUGAAAACCACAGAAAGAUUCACAUCUUCUGGAAGAUAAAUUCGUCGGUAUUAUAAAAGGCCUCACUCCCCCUUUCUAUCGUUCAUUUCUCAUCAUCUUUUCUGACGUUUAUCUCUUAUCUCUGACGUUUAUCAGUGUGAGGAAGUGCUUUAUUUUGAUUUGUUGCACUGAUACAGCGGUCUGUAUCACGGGGACUGGUGCCUUAUGAAGGGUCAAAACAUUUGAUAAUAAAGGAAAACAAAAUAAGAGCGUGCGAGGCAUAAGAACAGGAGGGAUGAAAAGGGCGAAGAGAAACUGAUUUAUUUAUUUAUCAAGUUCAAUUAUUACGAGGCCAGAACAUUAGAGAACGUGGCAAUACUUUAUUUAUAACGAUCAGAAGUUAGACACAGAAUGUUCUCAUCUUUAGACGUCACAUUUUACAGUGUUAACUGUAAAAAAACUUUAAUUUCAAUCAAGAUCGUCAUUUUCUCUCUUCCUCACUUUGUCUCUCUGUGUAACACACACACACACACACACACACACACACACACAUAAAUUGAAUGUAAAUAUCUGACUUAAUAUUGAUUGAGGUUGAUAUAUAUAUAUCAUACGUAUAUGUAUAAGCCUCGUAUAUACACUUAUACAUGGCGGCGGGAGGUUAUAUAUUUUCAUUAUAUAUGUAAUGAAAAUUCAGUGCCAAAAUAUAAUGUUAAAUAAUUUAAUGUCCCUUAAGUGUUUUCAUCCGUUGUUGCAAUACUGUUUACAAAAGGCAGUUUAUUUUAUUCUUCGCUGUUCGUUGGCGUGCGUCGUCACCCGUGCGUCGUCACCCGUGCGUCACAUGACCUAUAAGGGAAAAGGUGAGGAUAUGAAUGUCAUUAUGCUUAGAGCAUGCACUGAUUGUAAAUUAUAUUGCUUCUGCUCAAUCUCGCCAUUAUCAUUAUAGUUAUUGACAGUUAUCAUUGUUAUCAGAUUUGAUGUUGUAUGCACUAUGUUGAUGAAAAAUUACAAAACUUGGCUGCUUGCUGUGAUGCAUUAUGUAUUUAUUUACCGACUGAUUGUUUGAGAACGGUGGACGUCGUCUCAUUCGCCGAGCCAAACGAGCGAGGGAUCCUGGAGACUGUUGCUUUGUAGACUUAAUUCUUCUUCUUAUCAUCAGUAGCAUUUCUUUGCUUCAUAUAUGAAUACACUCUUUUGAAGGCAGUAAAUUAUUUGCUGAACUGGAAAUAAAGUCUCUGUUGAAUGGUGUAAAA